CGGCUGCCGCCGCCUCGGAGCUGUGCCUGGGCUGGCCGGGCGGGCCCCGGGGUCUUGGCAUUUUUUACCAUCUGUGAAAACUUCCCUGUAAUUCAUUUCUCCUCACUGCAGUAUUAAGAAUUAUACCAAUUUUCAAAAUUACAUCAACAUGUGAAAUGGACUUCUCAACAUCACCAAGAAAAAAAAAACAGAUUGAAAAGAUAUGAAUGAAUAUCCUAAAAAAAGAAAAAGGAAGACAUUACACCCUUCUCGUUACUCAGAUUCUUCUGGAAUAAGCAGAAUUGCAGAUGGAUUCAAUGGAAUUUUUUCUGAUCAUUGUUAUAGUGUUUGUUCUAUGAGACAACCAGACUUAAAAUAUUUUGACAACAAAGAUGAUGAUUCUGAUACAGAGACAUCAAAUGACUUGCCAAAAUUUACAGAUGGAAUCAAGGCCAGAAAUAGAAAUCAGAACUACCUGGUUCCCAGUCCUGUACUUAGAAUUCUAGACCACACUGCCUUUUCUACAGAAAAAUCUGCUGAUAUUGAAAUUUGUGAUGAAGAGUGUGACUCACCUGAGUCAGUCAACCAACAAACUCAAGAGGAGAGUCCUAUAGAAGUUCACACUGCUGAAGAUGUUCCAAUUGCUGCAGAAGUGCAUGCAAUUUCUGAAGAUUAUGAUAUAGAGACAGAAAACAAUUCCUCGGAAAGUCUCCAAGACCAAACUGAUGAGGAGCCACCAGCUAAACUUUGCAAAAUUCUUGACAAGAGCCAAGCUUUGAAUGUGACUGCCCAACAGAAGUGGCCUUUACUGAGAGCCAAUAGCAGUGGCCUCUAUAAGUGUGAACUUUGUGAGUUCAACAGCAAAUAUUUUUCUGAUUUAAAGCAGCAUAUGAUCCUGAAGCAUAAGCGUACUGAUUCAAAUGUGUGUCGAGUAUGCAAGGAAAGUUUCUCUACCAACAUGCUUUUGAUUGAACAUGCCAAACUGCAUGAAGAGGAUCCCUACAUUUGUAAAUACUGUGAUUAUAAAACAGUGAUUUUUGAGAACCUCAGUCAGCACAUUGCAGACACCCAUUUUAGUGACCACCUCUAUUGGUGUGAGCAGUGCGAUGUACAGUUCUCCUCAAGCAGUGAACUCUACCUACAUUUCCAGGAGCACAGCUGUGAUGAACAGUACUUGUGUCAGUUUUGUGAACAUGAAACAAAUGAUCCAGAAGACUUGCAUAGCCAUGUGGUAAAUGAACAUGCAUGUAAAUUAAUUGAGUUAAGUGAUAAGUAUAACAAUGGAGAACAUGGACAGUACAGCCUCUUAAGCAAAAUUACCUUUGACAAAUGUAAAAACUUCUUUGUAUGUCAAGUAUGUGGUUUUCGGAGUAGACUUCAUACAAAUGUUAACAGGCAUGUUGCUAUUGAACAUACUAAAAUUUUUCCUCAUGUUUGUGAUGACUGUGGGAAAGGCUUUUCAAGUAUGCUAGAAUAUUGCAAACAUUUAAAUUCACAUUUAUCUGAAGGGAUCUAUUUAUGUCAAUACUGUGAAUAUUCAACCGGACAAAUUGAAGAUCUUAAAAUUCAUCUAGAUUUCAAGCAUUCAGCUGACUUACCUCAUAAAUGUAGUGACUGCUUGAUGAGGUUUGGAAAUGAGAGGGAAUUAAUAAGUCACCUUCCAGUCCAUGAGACAACUUGAUUAUUUUCUUUAACUGCCGUAAUGUUAAUGUAAAAUAAUAAAUUUGACUUUUUUGGAGAUGUGAAAAUGGAUGAUUUUAAACAUAACUUAUGAGAAUUGCUUUUAACAAGUAAGAUUUUUUUAAUUGUCCAAUUUUCUUGGCAUUGCUACAUUUUUCAGUAUAUAAUGGUAUCCUAAAUGUGGUAUUUUCAGUGCAUGGUAGUUUUAACCACUCUUGGUAUCUGUCGUCUUGUUUCUUACAUAAGCUCUGAUUUCAUGAAUUGAUGAGAAACAGAUGUACUAAAGAAACUAGACUACAGUUUUCCUUCUGUAACCAUGGGUGCUAUUAAAUUUUUUAAACUCAAGAUGAACUCAGUUUUUCAUGUAUGAAGUCAUUAAAGUACUGCAUUAUCAGAACUUAAAUGCAAUGUACCAUACAAUUAAGUCCACUGAUAGUCCCAUUAAGAACCCAAACCUAGAUAAUCCCCAUCAGGAAUUAUCCCCAAGACUCAGUGGACACUCCAUCUGUGUAAUUCUUUUAACAACACUAGGAGGCAAGUGUUACAGUAGGAAGGGAAGAUCUAGUUUUGUUGGCGGUCUUUUUUUUUCUUUUUUUUUUUAAUUCUCAUUCAAUUUUAGCCCCAAUCUGUGAGUUAAAUGAUUUAAGAUGGGAGUGAGGAAGAACUGGUAA